GAGCACUAUAAAUUCCGUAUCAAACUGCGUAUCAAGGUUUGGAUGUUUUUCCUCAUCCAAAAAUAGCUCGAAUAACAAUAUUUCAAUAAAUUACCAGCUCGCAUUGCCUAUAGUAACCAUAUUAGGUUUGUUUGUCAAAUUUAACAUGACAGUAGGUUAUUCAAAAACGGACAAUGUUAUCAGUAUUUCGGUUAGCAACUGGGAGAGAGGGAAAACUCCCAUAUAUAGCUAUGUGCGCACAUUGUAUGACGAAACAUUAUCAGUGGUUCGAUUUGCGGUUUGCCUUAUAGCGGAACACAGAAAUGCCUAUAACAUGGGUAACAAUGCCUGUAUUUGCUAAUUAUCCGACUGAAUUACCCUAUAAAAGGCGAUGUGGAAUAAACUAACGCCAUUAGUCUUUGUGCGACAAGUACUAAGGGAACGUUUCAUUGCAAAUUUAAAUAGUUGGUGUGAAUAAAUUAAAAAUGAGUCAAUGCAAAUUCAGGACUCAGAACUAUACAGAGUUUUUGAGUUUGGUGGAGAAAAGUGAUUUCGAAGAGGUAGUUACGCGGGAACACAAGAAAAUCAUGGACCAAAAAGUAGAGGGCACUUUCAACGAAUCUAUGAAGCCAGAAAAUCGAGGAUUGAACAGGUACCUGGACAUGUUAUCUUUUGAUCACUCUAGAGUGGCGUUGCCUGCUGAAAAAAAUAGAGGAGACUACAUAAAUGCGAAUUAUGUAGACGGCUUUGAGUACAAAAAGAAGUUUAUUUGUACCCAGGCACCUCUCCAGCAGACAGCCUACGAUUUUUGGCGAAUGGUGUGGAUGCAUCAUACACGAAUAAUUGUUAUGCUGUGUAAGAUCAAGGAGAAUAAGAAACAGUGUUUUCCAUAUUGGAACGAGACCGAAGGCGAUAAUGUUGUCUUCGGAAAAUUUAAAAUUACAACGACCCAAGUAGAAACUCACUCCAGUUACAUCGAGACCUCUCUGCUUGUGACUGAUGGGACCUCGGCUAUCCAAGAAUUGACGCAUUUCUGUUUUACCCAGUGGCCUGACUAUGGUGUACCUAACGAUGUGAUGAAUCUAUUGAACUUUGUUUUGACAGUGAAAAGUGCCCAAAAAGACGUUAUUAGACAGUUAGCUCAGGAAGGUUGCAAAAUUGGUGAACAUCCUCCGCCAAUACUCGUCCACUGCAGUGCUGGUGUUGGCAGAACAGGUGCAUACUGUCUGCUUGAUACUGCGAUAUCACAAUUUGAUACUUGUGCUACCAUUUCCAUUCCAUCUACCCUUCUCAACAUUAGAAAGCAGAGAUAUUACUGUGUUUUCAUCUUGCCUCAAUACUUUUUCUGUUACCGGGUGAUGGAACGUUAUGUUAAUUUAAAGGUGAAAAGGGAAUCAAAAACACUCGUUGUAAAUGUAGCCACCGCUUUAUUAAAUAAAGUUUUAUAUCUAAAAGAAAACUAAUACUAACAAUAACAUUAAGUCGACAAGUAUAAUAUAAAAUUUACAAAAUUAGGGGAAACAUUACUCUUGUAUGUUAGAAAUAACUUAAGUAUUUUUCCAAUAGUACUUACUUCUAUACACUUUUCUUAAUUAUUUAUAGAACUUAUUGUAAUAAAAUAUAAGAAUGUUAGUUAUUAAGCUCUUAUGUUAAUAGGGUUAGUUAAAUUAUUCUAAGAGUGCUUAUUUUUAGAGAAUCACCUAGAUAUUUGUACA